GGGCGCGUGAGAGCCCGGCGCGCGCCGCCCCUGCUGCAGCUCGAGAGCUCGAACGCCCAGUGCACCAUCCUCCGGGCCGUCCUCACAUCCGCCCAGCGCCACCCGGACCAUUUCUCGGCGCCGAGGCCCCCGGGGCUGCACCCGAGCCUCCACCGCCCGCUGCCGCCGCCGCGGCUGCCGCUGCUCUCCGGCUUCCCCUCCCCCCACACCCGGGGCUCCGAGCAGGAGGAGGAGGGGCCGGUGCAUUCUCGCCGCCUCUCUUUGCAACCUGCGGGGGCCGGUGCAUGCCCGGCGAGGAGUCGGGGCGCUGCAGGUGCGUGCAGCCUCGGAGGAGGCGACCCCCCCCCCACCCUCGGGCGAACCGGGGGGCUGCAAGCCACGGGCGGGCGGUCGAGCGAGAGGAAGCAACAAAGACAGGCUGCAGCUGGGGCCGGCGAGAGGAGCCGUGGUCUCCGGGUCCCUGGCGCGGGCAGAGAGGGCGCCCCGGGGAGCUGCAGCCCCGAGCAGGACCCCGAGGGGAGGCGCAGCGCCGCCCGCCGGACGCUGUGAGCACAGGCCCCCGGCGAGGAUGCGCCGCCUGAGCGCCCGCGCGUCCCGGGUCCCGGGCGGGCACGACCCCCGCUGAGCCGAGAGAACCCCAACCCCCGACUUCGGACGGCGUGGGCCGGCGCCUGGAUAGACCACACCGACAGCGUCUCUUCCCACCCGGAGAGAGGCAUCGGCCCCCAAAGGGGGCUUCCUCAGGCAUCCUCUGCCGCCUCUGCCACCUCUGCAUGGCUGCGACCCGGCGAGCGGAGAGUCGUAGCCGCUGAGACCUGGUGCCCUUCGACGGCCUGGCUGAUUAGGGACCCUGCCGCAGAGCGCGUCCCCCCCCGCCGUGGGCCCCCCGCUCAGCCAUGCUGGCCUGCCUGCAGAGGACCCAGAACGCCCCCGGCCAACACCUGGCCUGCCCGACCAAGAGCCUGGAGCUGCGCAAGUGCGAGACGGUGGCCAGCUCCAUGCAUUCCUCCCGCUACCCGAGCCCGGCCGAGCUGGACGCCUACGCCGAGAAGGUGGCCAACAGCCCGCUCUCCAUCAAGAUCUUCCCCACCAACAUCCGCGUGCCCCAGCACAAGCACCUCAGCCGCACCGUCAACGGCUACGACACCAGUGGCCAGCGCUACAGCCCCUACCCGCCGCAUACGGCCGGCUACCAGGGCCUGCUCGCCGUCGUCAAGGCCGCCGUCUCCUCCUCCGGCGUGGCUGCGCCCCCCGGGCUCACCAAAAGCGUGCUCAAGAGCGCCGAGGGCAAGCGGACCAAGCUGUCGCCGGCCGCCGUGCAGGUGGGCAUCGCGCCCUACCCGGCGCCCAGCACUCUGGGGCCCCUGGCCUACCCCAAGCCGCCCGAGGCGCCCGCCCCGCCACCCGGCCUGCCCGCGGCCGCGGCCACCGCCGCCUCCGUCAUCCCCCUGCCCGGCCGCGGCCUGCCCCUGCCACCUUCCAACCUGCCCUCCAUCCACAGCAUCCUCUACCAGCUCAACCAGCAGUGCCAGGCCCAAGGCGCUGCGCCCGCCGCCUGCCAGGCCGUGGCCGUUCCCCACCCCAGCCCAGCCAAGCACGGCCCGGUGCCCAGCUUCCCCAGCCUGGCCUACCCGGCCACUGCCGGCCCGCCCGACUGCCGGAAGGGCGCCGAGCUGGGCCAGGGAAGCACGCCGGCCUUGACGUUGGCUGGGGCCACCAAGCCCACAGGGUACGCAGACGGGGGCCUGGAUUACCUGCUGUGGCCGCAGAAGCCGCCACCGCCGCCGCCCCAGCCACUGCGGGCCUACAGCGGCGGCACAGUGGCCAGCAAGUCCCCCGAGGCCUGUGGGGGGCGGGUAUACGAGCGGGCCGGCGGGUCGCCCGUCAACUGCGGCGUGGGGCUGCCCACCAGCUUCACCGUGGGCCAGUACUUCGCCGCCCCCUGGAACAGCGUGCUGGUGACCCCCACCAGUGACUGCUACAAUCCGGCAGCCGCGGCAGUGGCCGUGACCGAGCUGGGGCCGGGGGUGGCCCGGGAGCUGGCGGGGCCGCCGGCGGAGACCCUCUCAGGCCUGCCCAGCAAGAGCGUGUGCAACACGGCCGUGCUGAGCAGCAGCCUGCAGUCACUGGAGUAUCUCAUCAACGACAUCCGGCCCCCAUGCAUCAAGGAGCAGAUGCUGGGCAAGGGCUACGAGACGGUGGCUGUGCCCCGGCUGCUCGACCACCAGCACGCCCACAUCCGCUUGCCCGUCUACAGAUAAGGCCUGCCUGGCAGAUGCACAGACGGACAGGGCGCCCCGGGGGGAGGCAGGCCGCAGAACAGGGUGGGCAGCACGCGGGGCGGGGGUGCCAGCCCCGCCCUGCGUCUGAGUGCCCAUUGAUGCCCACAGGGAAGCCAGGCCGGCUGCUGCCGGCUGCUGCCGACGGGGAGCGGCAAGGUGACCUCGCUCACCAAGGCCCCUCCCCACCAUCAGCUGCCCCAGGACACGCGGAGGGCCAGGGGCAGCUGCCGACGUCCACGCCUUCCUCCAUCCAAGCUGGCAGAGGCAGGGAGAGAGAAACCACUUAAAACAGGAGUGGUUCUUUCCGGCUCUCCAGGAGAGGGGGGUCAGACCACAGUGGGAUCAGAAGGAAACGUUAGGGUCUAGAGUCGGGGUGGGAUCAGAGUGGCCCCCGGGGCUUAGACAGCUCCUCCCUCCACGAGCUCCCCAAUCUCCUGGAAAAAGAGCAGAGGGGGCCUAGAGGAAGUCAUCGAGUCCACAGCACCCUCACUGCCCUCUCCAGGCAAAGACCACUCUAAUACAGGCUCCGGGGACUACAGGUCCCCCUGUUCCUCCUCUUCUAGACUCUCUUCCCCUCCCCACCAUUCCUUCCCAACACAGAAUCCCAUCUCCAUUCUCCAAACCCUGGACUACCUUCUCCCUUCCCUUCAGUACAUCUUACAGGGCUUCUGGGCACAGUUGUGCAGGCUGUGUACUGCACAAGGGCAACUCAUCUGAGGAGACACCAUUUGCAUCCUAGACUUGUAUAUUUAUUACAGCAAUUUUCUGAAUCUUGAGGAAGGGGCACCAUUUACCUAUGUGCACAAAGGCGCCAUAGGGGCUAACAAUGUCAGAGGGACCAGACCCCGCCUCCUUCAGGGGUUCUCCUAGGAGCCAGUGUGGGGGCAACCUGCUGGUUUUAAUUGGGAGAUCCAGUCCAACUCUUUUCCUGCAAGCCACCCUCCAAGGCCUGCCCCACACCAUUCCGGGGUAUAAGGCAGGCAGGGGGUCCCCCCAUUAAGUCUCCAGGGCCCGAUUUCCCCAAGUCCUGGCCCCUCUGGCACUCCGGAAGCGGUACUGUAUCUCUCUCCAAGGCCUGUUCAAGCACUAAGUGCAUUUACAAAUCUCUGAGAAUGUUUUUUUUUUAUACUAAAAUUGACCAUUAUAUUCUA